AAACACCAUAAGUCGAUAGAGGUCACCGCACCGUAAAGGUCAACAGUCACGUUCCACCGGGGGCCGGGUGCUAGUAGCCUGGCGCAUAAUAUGGACAUGCUGCUGGGACGUUAACGUUGAUGCUAUUUCGAGGCCUGAUGUAUUUUCAAACAACGGUUUUACUUCGUCGAUCAUCAUGGCAAAGCGGGCCAUUGAAGAGGAAUUUGAACGACUCUACUCGGAGUUCAUCGAAAACCCCGUUGCUCUCCCGCGUCUGAAGAAACGAGCCAGGAGAUGUAGACAGUCAGUAGAGAUACCUCGGCACCAGGUACCUGCCCCAUUGAAUACCAGCAAUGCAGCCAAUUUGAUCUUUCUACCAGGACAGGCCAGUGAAGCUGGCACAGUCCCCACUGCUGGUUCAUCUUCAGCCAGAGAAGAGAUUGUGUCAGUCUCUACAUCCUCAGAAUCAGGCUUCAGUUGUCAUCACGAUGUCCGCACAAAGGGUACACAUCCCCACGAGCCAAACACUGUUGCUGAAUCCACUGUCGGCAGCCUCAAUGGAAAAGGCACUGACGCUCGCGAAGCCACAGCAUGCGAUGCAGUCCACCCAUCCCAGCAACCUGUUCCAUCCGGUGGCAACUUGCUCAUUAACCUCAUCAACACUAGUAGCACCAGGGACGGUGGCGGCGCUGCAACAGCUAUGAUGCAGCUAACAAAGGAGGACGACCAGGAUGGCAAUGACAUCUUCAUGCUGCACAAGCCAAGUCUCAACAGAGUCCACGCUCACAGCACACAGAAGUCGCUCAACCUGGAUGCCUUAUGGGCGUUGUAUGCCAAGACGUGGCUACUUCCCAAGAACCGUGCUGCAAGUCGGCGCCCACUCCCUGUGUUCUUACAAAGGAAUCUGCGACGGGGCAUUGUGUUCUUCAAAAAGUAUCUCGGGCAACAAAAAGCUCUCCAGGAUCUAGCACAGUCCAAGCAAACAAGGUUCCCUCAAGAGCCACAGGCAGCUGAAGAACAUUCAAGAAGUCACUCCAGCAAACGAGGGAUCAUCAGAAAGGCCAAAGGUGAAGAAGUGAGCUGUGACGACAAAAUCAAGAACAAACUCAAAAUGGAAAGUCGGACCCGCGGUAGAGUUCAGGAAAUGAAAGACAAGCAGCCAAAGCCGCACACCCUUGCUAGUAAGAAAGUAAACCAAUCCAAGACGGAUGCGAUCCAAGAUGCACCCAAGGGGAGUGGCCCAGAAGCAGUUGCGAAGGCAGCACUUCUGAAGUCUGAGAAACUUGCCACAAAGACAAAAACAGGACUUCCGAAAAAUGGCGUCAAAGGCAAACCUGGGCCAGCCAGCCAGCAAACCUGGAAGGAAGCGGAGUUGUCGUCAAGGAAGCCAUUACUGACGGCACCAUCAAAGCAGGGGCGACAGGUGGCAGUCUGCCGACCAAACACCAAAGGGAAAGCCACCAAACAAGACACAGCCAGCAGCCCCAAGGUCAAGAUGAAAGCCGUCAAGGAAGAGAAUCCCAAACCAAAACCGGCCAUUGCCAAGCCUGUGCAGUCAAAACCUCCACCUGUGUCGACAGCAGGGGUACAGGCUAGCAGCCAUGCUGCCGAGGAGAGAGAGGGCAUUAGUGGAUUCAUUGCUGGCAUCAAGCCACUUUUUAGCAGCAAAACUGGACACUGUGGUGGCAUCUGGAAGUCUAUCGUCGAUGAAUGCUAAAACCUGAUAUUAGCCCAAACUCAGCAAAAUUACUGGCUUUUUUUUCACAGGGCUACUUUGGGAAGAUACAGAUUCUGCAACCCCUACAGUCUUUAAUACUUAUGGUCAUGCAGAUUGAAGUAGAGAGGGUUAGGUUUCAUGUUACUCUAACAUCAAAUAGCUACAGUGGGUCCCCUCAAAGUAAUGUGCUUGUGUGACGAGACUCUUUUCAAAAUACCAGACUUUCUACCCCACAUUGAAAGAUGUAGUGCCGCCUCAUGAGAUGGAAUAAAAGAAGUUACAAAAAAUCAAUUCUAAUACUGUUGCUAGACAUUUGUAAUGUACUGACUUGCAUUAAAUGAGGUUGUUAAACCCUCCUCUCCUCCGACAUCA